AUGACAAGUGAGCAUUGCAUUCUCGUAUUUAUCGUAUAGUCCCUGAUAUGAAACUUUGACAAAUAAUCUUUUUGCGUUUUGAAAUCAUAUGGUGUAGAUAUGUUCCACAUGAUAUUACAGUACACUAGAUUUGGAAUUAAAUUGUUUGACAAGUACUGUUUAGAUACCGCGCUUAUCAAAUCAAUCAUUUAUCGGUUUAGUAUUCGACACUACAAUGUGUGUAGCCUACUGUCCAAUGUAUUGCGGAUGUAGCCCUCACUGCCCUCUCGAGGCAGGCAUGAUGUGGCUAAGGUUACGGCGGAGCGAUAUGCAUGCUUUACGACAAAGAGCUGCGAUUAGUCGGGAGGGAGAUCCAUGAAGUGUGAGCCGUUUGCCACAGUAAUGGACGGUGUAAAACACGAAAUUUAACCCCAAAUAGAAAAACGUUAGGAAAGAGCGUCACUGAACAAUUGAACGGGAGAACAUGGAGAAGAAAAGGUGGGAGUGCUCGGCUCUCCCCAAGGGCUGGCAAAUGGAAGAAGUGACCAGAAAGUCGGGUUUGUCUGCGGGAAAAAGCGAUGUCUAUUAUUUUAGUCGUAUUAUGAACAACCAUCAAGAAACCACAAGCUGUUCUUUUUUUAGCCGAGGUGAGGAAGAAGAGGAGGAGGAACAGAGACGAGAAAGGGGGGAGGCGGGUCGUUUGUAUAGUUUAUGUCCCACUGGGAAGAAGUUUCGAAGUAAGCCUCAACUGGCUCGUUACCUUGGCAACCAGAUGGACCUCAGCUCUUUUGACUUCCGAACAGGGAAGAUGCUCAUGAGUAAACUGAACAAGAAUAGGCAGAGAUUGCGCUAUGACAACAACAAUCAAACCAAGGGCAAACCAGACCUGAACACAUCACUCCCUGUCAGACAGACUGCUUCCAUCUUUAAGCAGCCUGUCACCAAGGUUACCAACCACCCCAGCAACAAAGUCAAGACAGAUCCACAGAAAGCUGUCGACCAGCCAAGACAGCUUUUCUGGGAGAAGAAGCUUGGUGGCCUCAAUGCGUUUGACAUCGCAGAGGAGCUAGUUAAGACAAUGGACCUUCCUAAAGGUCUUCAAGGGGUUGGACCCGGGUGUACCGACAAGACUUUACUGUCAGCAAUAGCCAGUGCCCUGCACACCAGUGCAGCCCCAAUUACAGGUCAGCUGUCUGCAGCUGUGGAGAAGAACCCAGGCGUAUGGCUCAACACGGCCCAGCCACUCUGCAAGGCCUUCAUUGUCACCGAUGAGGACAUUAGGAAGCAGGAGGAGCUGGUGUACAGUGUGAGGAAGAAGCUGGAGGAGGCUCUAAUGGCGGACAUGUUGGCUCACGUAGAAGAAGCAGUCAGCGAGGGGGGCUCGCUCAAAGAGGAGGGCAACGGCAAUGAUGAUAUGGAGACUGUAUAGCAGAGGUAGACUUCGUGUUCAGAGGGACUCUAUAGCAGAGGGUGUUGGGGAGUGUUAAACAGUAGUCUGGAUGGGUUUUUCUACACCUCAAAGGAUACUGAAACCAGGAACCCUGUACCAACUGCCCAUGUUCCGUCCAUCUUCCACAAGCGACACCUUUGAAGCUUAGCCUACCUUCUGCCCACUGGUUGGGCUCUUUUGUCUCCAUCCCUGGUGAAUGACUUGGACUGAGCAACACUAAAUCAAAUAGAAUAUUAAUUUUUAAACGGAGCAUUUAAAUGCCAGGUAAAAGGAGAGUGGUGAAGUAUGAUUAUGAAUUCAUUGUUCAAUGAUGUAUUUUCACAAGACAUUUUAAUGGAUUUGCUGUAUGACUUAUUGUGACAAUCAUGCCAACCUCCUAAAGAAAAUGAAAAAAUGUUUAAUAAGUAAUUGAUUUUGAAUAAGAAGUGAAUGUUUUUUUGGGUUACCAAUGGACUCCAUAGGAAUAGAUGGACCAUAGUCAGGCUUCUGUUCAUAGGGCUAACUGAGAGGCUUUUCAAUGAGAGGGAACCAAAUAGUUGCCUAAAUGAUGUCUGUGUAAAUGUUACAGGAGAGUGUUGAUGGAACAUUUUUUAAUCAUGAUCAAGAAAAUAUCCUUGUUACUGUAAUUAAAUCUUUAGUAUACAAACCCCUUACACAGUAUUGACCAAAGAGGGGCCAUGUAAUUUUUUUCGGAAGGUUUUGCAGUAUUACACUGUGCUUUUGUCUUUUGAAUCAUAUUCAGCAAUUCAUUUUUCCACAUAACAUGGGCACAACAAUGAUGUCAAUUAGUUGGUCCUCUGAUGCAUAGCGUACGUUGCAUUACGUUUAACAUUCAUUGUCAAUUACUUACUAGAGCUGCUGGUUUAGCGUUUCUAGCCAAUGCAUGGUUAGUCCAUGACUUAAGUUUACUCCACGUUUUUUAUUUAAAUGUUUCCAAUUAAUGUGCCAAUGCCACCACAACACAUGCUGCCUCCCUGUUCUCUUGUGCACUGGUUGCCCGAAAACUAAGCAGAUUUAGUUUGAAUAAAGGUUAAAAUUGCCAGUGUUGACAAAAUGAAUCUAACGUUGUAAAUUUAAUCACAUUUCUUAAGUUGUACGUGUGAAAUGAGAUCACUAUCCCACAGGGGGUUGACUGAUUAACUGAAUUUGUGUUACUGAAUAAAAUGUAUAUGUAUGUCGAGAAGUAUGGUUUCACGUA